AUGGAAGAUGUAAAAUCUUCAUACUCUCUAGGCAAAGAGCUAGGGAGAGGACAGUUUGGUGUCACCCACCUCUGCACUCAUAAAUCCACAGGUCAGCAAUUUGCUUGCAAGACCAUUGCUAAAAGGAAGCUUGUGAACAAAGAAGACAUUGCGGAUGUAAGAAGAGAAGUGCAGAUAAUGCAUCACCUUACUGGUCAACCAAACAUUGUUCAGCUUAAAGGAGCUUAUGAGGAUAAACAUUCUGUGCAUUUGGUCAUGGAGCUUUGUGCUGGUGGAGAGUUAUUGUGCAUACUUGUGAAGCCUGAGAACUUUCUGUUGCUUAACAAAGAUGAGAACUCUCCUCUUAAGGCUACUGACUUUGGGCUUUCAGUUUUUUACAAUCCAGGAGAUGUGUUCAAGGAUAUUGUGGGUAGUGCUUAUUACAUAGCACCAGAGGUUUUGAAAAGGAUGUAUGGACCAGAAGCUGAUAUUUGGAGUAUUGGUGUUAUGUUGUAUAUCAUCUUAUGUGGUGUUCCACCCUUCUGGGCUGAAUCUGAGAAUGGAAUAUUCAAUGCCAUUUUAAAGGGACAUGUUGAUUUCUCAAGUGAUCCAUGGCCAUCUCUUUCACCUCAGGCAAAGGAUCUUGUUAAGAAGAUGCUCAACUCUGAUCCUAAGCAAAGACUAACUGCUGCACAAGUUCUAAACCAUCCAUGGGUCAAGGAGGAUGGAGAAGCACCAGAUGUUCCUCUUGACAAUGCAGUGAUGCCAAGGCUCAAGCAAUUCAAAGCAAUGAACAAUUUCAAGAAAGUUGCAUUACGGGUGAUAGCAGGUUGUUUAUCAGAGGAAGAGAUCAUGGGGUUGAAGGAGAUGUUCAAAGGUAUGGACACUGAUAGCAGUGGAACAAUUACACUAGAGGAGUUAAGACAAGGACUCGCUAAGCAAAGUAAAAGGUUGUCAGAAUACGAAGUCCAACAGUUAAUGGAAGCUAAUGAUGCUGACGGUAAUGGAACAAUAGAUUAUGGUGAGUUUAUUGGAGCCACAAUGCAUAUAAACAGUCUUGACAGAGAAGAACAUCUCUACUCAGCCUUCCAACACUUUGACAAAGACAACAGUGGGUAUAUCACAAUGGAAGAGCUGGAGCAAGCUCUCAUGGAGUUUGGCAUGAAUGAUGGCAGAGACAUUAAAGAGAUCAUUUCAGAGGUCGAUGGAGAUAAUAGGAUGGUCGGAUAA